UUCUGCUCCUCCAUCCUCGAGCGCUGCGAUUUUAUCUCAGGCCCAGAGUCAACGACAAUUGCUCCGCCCGCGUUCAUCCUCCUCCCUCCUCUCGCGGCCCCUUCAUCGUCAAUAUGGCUGAGCAGAUGGUCCUUCGUGGUACCCUUGAGGGCCACAAUGGCUGGGUUACUUCCCUGGCCACCUCUCUGGAGAACCCCAACAUGCUGCUCUCUGGCAGUCGCGACAAGACCCUGAUCAUCUGGAACCUUACCCGCGACGAGCAGGCCUACGGUUACCCCAAGCGCAGCCUCGAGGGUCACUCCCACAUCGUCUCUGACUGUGUCAUCUCCUCCGACGGUGCCUACGCUCUGUCCGCCUCUUGGGACAAGUCCCUCCGCCUGUGGGAGCUCGCUACCGGCGAGACCACUCGUACCUUCGUUGGCCACACCAACGACGUCCUCUCCGUCUCCUUCUCCGCCGACAACCGCCAGAUCGUCUCCGGUUCUCGUGACCGCACCAUCAAGCUGUGGAACACCCUCGGCGACUGCAAGUUCACCAUUACCGACAAGGGCCACACCGACUGGGUUUCUUGCGUCCGCUUCAGCCCCAACCCCCAGAACCCCGUCAUCGUUUCCGCUGGCUGGGACAAGCUCGUCAAGGUUUGGGAGCUUGCUUCCUGCCGCCUCCAGACCGACCACAUCGGUCACACCGGUUACAUCAACACCGUCACCAUCUCCCCCGAUGGAUCCCUCUGCGCCUCCGGUGGCAAGGACGGCACCACCAUGCUCUGGGAUCUCAACGAGUCCAAGCACCUCUACUCCCUCCACGCUGGCGAUGAGAUCCACGCCCUCGUAUUCUCCCCCAACCGCUACUGGCUCUGCGCCGCCACCGCCAGCUCCAUCACCAUCUUCGAUCUCGAGAAGAAGAGCAAGGUUGAUGAGCUCAAGCCCGAGUUCAUCGAGAAGAGCUCCAAGGCCCGUGAGCCCGAGUGUAUCUCUCUCGCCUGGAGCGCUGAUGGCCAGACUCUGUUCGCUGGUUACACUGACAACAAGAUCCGUGCCUGGGGUGUCAUGUCGAGGGCAUAGAUGAUUUGACGAGCGUUUAGGCGGAGGAGAGGAAAUCUAUGUUUUUUCUUUGUUCUAAAAAAGAAAGCGCUGGCAUUGGUUGGGAUGUAUGAGCCAUGAGCAAUGAAGCACUCCGGGCCUGGGCCCGGGGUUUUUCUCCGACAUGUCUAGCUUACUUGAUUCG